AUGUUGGGAAAUGUUGGGAAAAUGUUGGAAAAGUUGGAAAAAGUUGGGGAGAAGAAGGAAAGGGGAGAGGAAGGAAGAAGGACAGAGAAGGAAGAAAAGGGAGGGGAAGGAGGGAAGAGGGAGGGAAGGAGGAGAAGGAGAGGAGGAGAAAGAGGGGAAGAAGAGGAGAGGAGAGGAGAGGAGAGGGAAGAAGGGGAAGGAAGGGAAGGGAGGGAGAGGGGAAGAGAGAAGGGAGAGAGAAAGGGGGAGGGGAGAGAGGAAAAAGGGGAGGAGGGAGGAGAAAGAAAGGGAAGGGAGAAGAGAGAGAAGGAGAAGAAAAGGGGGGGGAAGGAAGGGAAGAAAAGAGAGGGGGAAAAAAGGGAAGGGGAAGAAGAAAAAAGGGAAAAGGGAGAGAAAAAGAGAAGGAGAGAAAGGGGAGAAAAGAAAAGGGAGACGAAAAAGAGAGAGAAAAAAAGGGGAGGGGAGGAAAGGAAAGGAAAAGGGAAGGAGAGAAAGGGGAAGGGAAAAGGGGGGAAAAGGAGAGGAGAGGAGGAAAAAAGAAAGAGGAAGGAAAAGGGGGAGGAGAAGAGGGGAAGAAAGAAGGAGAGGAAAGGGGAAGAGGAGGAAGGGGGAGAGAAAGAAGGAAAAGGGGAGGAAGGAGAAGGAGAGGGGAAGAAAAAGGAAGGAGAGGAAAGGAGAAGGAAGGGAGAAGGAAGGAGGAAGGAAAGGAAAAGGGAGAAGAGGGAAGAGAGGAGGGGAAGAGGAAAGAAGGAAGGAAAAAAGGAGGGGGGGAAAGAAGAGAAAAGGAGAGAGGGAAAAGAAAGGAGGAAGAAAAGAGGGGGGAAGAAAAAAAGGAGAAGGAGAAAGGGAGCAGGGGAAGAAAAAGAAAGGAGAGGGGAGGGGAAAAAAAGGAGGGGGGAGGAGAAGAAAAAAGAAAGAGGAAAAAAGAGGGGAGGAGAAAAAAGAGAAAGGGGAGGAAAGAGAAGAGGGGAGGAGAAGAAAAAAAAAGGGGGGAGAAAAAAAAAGGGAGAGAAAAAAAGGGAGGAGGAAAAGGGGAGAAAAAAAAAGGGGAGAGAAGGAAGGGGAGGAGAGAAAGGGGGGGGAGAAAAAGAAGAGAGAGGAAGGGGAGGGGAAAGGGAAAAGGAGGGGGAAGGGGAAGGAAAGAGGAGGGAAAGGGGAAAAGGGAAGAGAAGGGAAAGGAAAGAGGAGGGAAGGGGAAAAGGGAAGGAGAGGGAAAGGGAGAAGAGGGAAGAGGAAAAAGGGAAGGGGAAAGAAAGGAAAGAGGAAGGGGGAAAAAGGAAAGGAAAGGGGAAGAGGAGAGAAAAGGGAAGAGGGGGGAAGGGGAGAAAAAAAAGGGGGAAAAAAAGGAGGGAAAGAAAGGGGGAAAAAGGGGGGAAGGAGGAGGAGGAAAAGGAAAGGAAAAGAAAAAAAGGGGGAGAAGAAGGGGGAGAAAAGCAGAGAAAAAGAGGGGGAAAGAGGAGGAGGAAAAAAAAGGGAAGAAAGAGAGGGAAAGAGAAGAGAAAAAAGAAGGGAGAGAAAAAGGAAAGAAAAAGGGGGGGGAGGAAAGAGGGGAAGAAAAAAGGGGAGAGAGAGAAAAGGAAAGGGAAAAGAAAGAGAGGGGAAAAAAAGAGGAAAAGGGAGGAAGAAAAAAAAGGGAAAAAAGAGGGAAAAAGGGAGAGGGAGGAGGAA